CAGUGUCAUCAUAUGAUCGAUUAUUUGUGAAUUUUGCGCAAAUUAAUAAAAUUUCUUAAAAAUUCUCGUUGCUUUUUCACGUACUGCUUCUCAUUGCGAGAAGCAGCUUAUACAUUCUUCCAACAGAGGACUUAUCCCGUCCGGGUGUAGAUUGAGUCAUGCCAGGUACAAACUUAAUAGUUCCCGUCGUGCUAUGGGGAAAACACGCUCCAACUCAUUGUAUAUCAUCAGUUUAUCUCUCGAGAGACCAGAAGACCCUAGUAACUGGAUGUUAUGAUGGUCAAAUAUGUAUAUGGCAAGUCAAUCCCGACUCUCUUAAAAUGACACCCCGUUGCUUGCUAGUGGGACAUACAGCUCCUGUAACGUGUUUGUCUAGAGCUUCUAUUAUACAAGACAACAACUACAUAGUCAGUUCAUCGGAAGCUGGCGAGAUGUGUACUUGGGAUCUGGUUGAUGGAAAGUGCAGGGAAAGUGUGAAAUUGACACAAGUGCAUACAAAUAUACAGGCAUACCACAUGUGUAAUAGUGAGGAUUUACGAUUGUUCUGCAAUGGCUAUUAUGCUGAGAUCUUGAUAAUGGACCCUUUCUCGUUGGAGAUUCUCUUCUGCUUGAGUUCUAAGAUGAAUCCUGAUUGGAUAUCUGCUCUGCAUGUUUUAAGACCGUCUUCACGAAAGGAUGAUGUUGUGCUCGCUAUCUCUAUAACCGGAACUGUUAAGGUGUGGUCGCUUCUCGGCCACGAGAAUAAACAAUCGGAGCCGAUAUAUGAGAAUGAAUCGAAACAGAUACGUUGCCUGAACGCCCUGUCCCUGAACUGCUGCGCAUACAACCAGCGCACCGUGUUGAUUGUGUGCGCGAAGUAUUGCCAGAUAUAUGACGCGGGUGAUUUCUCAGUACUGUGCUCGAUACAAGCGCCAUCUGGUGAGCGUUGGAUGUCCGGGGACUUUCUCGCCCCGGAUAGGGUGCUGGUCUGGUCCACUGAGGGCAAGGGAUAUCUGUAUAAGUUACCGGCCAACAAACUGCGUGGACGAGCUAUCAGUAGCUCUGUGCCCGAUCAUAAAGGAUUCCACGGACCAACUGUGGACCAUGACAGUCCAGUGCUAUAUGGCAUAAUGGCGCAUCCGGAUAAUAAGCUCCUUUCCUGUCCACCAGCAAUGCGAUUUAUCCUAACCUCGGUGGGGGGUAAACAGAGAAGGCUCUUGUUGAGGGGGGAUUCGGCUGGAGUAGUCCUAUUAUGGAAUAUUGAUGACGCUGCCAUGCCAGUACCUAAUAAGGUUAUGUCUAGAGCACCGAUAGUUACUACAAGCUUGGACAUGGCCUGGGCGGAUAUGAACCCUAGUCCUGUUGGCGUUUUAGACCAGUUCAGCCAUCCUGAAGACAAUGAGAUAAAGCUAACAGCGUCCAUCUACCUCCUGGCGGCGAACCGCCUCGUGGUGGGACGGGAGGACGGGUCCAUCGUGAUUGUGAACGCGACGCAUACGGUACAGUUGCAGCUGUUGCACGGGAGCCAUCAGCAAUUGGAUGAUUGGCCUCCACACCAAUUGCUAUUGGGCCACAACGGCAGAGUUAAUUGUCUGCUGUAUCCACAUCAUGUGCAUCAGAGAUACGACAAAUCCCACCUAGUGUCCGGUGGGAUAGACUUCGCGGUGUGUCUAUGGGACCUGUUCAGCGGCGCCCUCCUGCAUCGGUUCUGCGUACACGCCGGGGAAAUAACCCAGCUGAUUGUGCCGCCGCAGAAUUGUAGUCCUCGAAUUCAGAAGUGUAUCUGUUCAGUCGCAUCGGAUCACAGCGUUACUUUGUUAAGUCUAACAGAACGGAAGUGCGUCACGCUCGCCUCGCGCCACCUGUUUCCGGUGGUCACGAUAAAAUGGCGGCCCGCGGAUGACUUCAUGGUGGUCGGCUGCAGCGAUGGUACCGUGUACGUGUGGCAGAUGGAGACGGGCCACUUGGAUAGGGUGCUGCACGGUAUGAUAGCGGAGGAGGUGUUGGCGGCGUGCGAUGAGGCGCUGGCGGAUGAGUUGGGCGGCUCGCUGUCCAGCGGCACCGAUUUACAGGGACUCGCCAAUCCCGCGGUACAUUUCUUUAGGGGGCUCCGGCACCGCAACCUGACCGCGAUGCGCGCGGCCACGCAGCGCGGGCUGGCGGCGCUGCACGCGGCCGAGCGCGGCGCCGGCGCCGGCCCGCUCGCCGAGCCGCCGCGCGCGCGCCCGCCGCCGCUCGCCGUGCAGGGCUUCCGCUCCAACCCCGCCGACCCGGAGAGCCAUAUCCUGUUCUUCGACAUCGAGGGUCUGAUCGUGGAGCUGCUGAGUGAAGAAUAUUCAGCCAUGAGUCCAGCCAGUCUCGAGGCGGCCGGUCUGAUAACGAGCGAGUACAUGAAGGUGGCGGCACUGACGCAGUCUGCGAGCCCGGAUGCGGCGAAACGGAUAUCAGAUUUCUUUGGCCGUGUGAAAGACAAGGCCGGAGAUAUGGAACGCCUGUUGAAAGAGAAGGACAAACAUGGUAUUUUAGCGAAAAUGAAAGAAGGCGCGGAGAAUAUGCAAACAAAAUUGCAGGCUAAGGCCGAGCAGCUGAAGGGGCACCUCGAUGCCAAAGAUGAACAAAACGAGCAAAAGAAGCGGCGGCCGCGGGACAUGUCGCUCGCGGAGCCGCCGCACACCAUGGAGAUUGCUCAGAUACUCAUGUCGCUGUUGCACGCCUGGGGCCUCGACCCGGACCUCGAUAGGGUCUGCGAGUCGAAGCUGGGCCUCUUGAGACCUAUGGUGCGUGUGCGACUGUUCACAUCAAAACUGCACUGGGAGCUGAGUACAACUCUGACAACAAACCACCUGCUGUCCAUAGUGGCGUUGGCUAACACACUUAUGUCAAUGAGCAAUGCUAGCUUCGUGCCCGAACAGGAAGUUAAUAGAAGGAUGCAUCGCCCCACAACCCGCGCCACCUCGUGGGGUGGUGACGAGGAGAGGGAGGAGCAGCUGGCGGCGCAGCAGGCCCACAUCAAGCAGGGCUGGUCCCUACUGGCGACGUUGCAUUGCGUGCUGCUGCCGGACAAGGUCGUUGCGGCCGGCGCCAAGAACUUCAAACGUCCCCAAGUGGAGAUGCUGGCUCGCAGAUGGCAACACCACUGCCUCGAAGUGAGGGACGCGGCGCAAGCGCUGCUGCUGGCUGAGCUUGCCAGGCUAGGUCCGAAAGGGCGCAAGUCGUUGGUGGACAAUUGGGCCCAAUACCUGCCGCUGUACACGCAUACAGAGAGCAUCAAUCCGCAAGCCGCGCAGAAGGAGCCGGCCGAGAAGAUGGCCAGAGAUCAAGAGGAAGAGUUUGAAGAAGAAGAAGAAGAGAUUGUACGGAAGCCAUCGUCUAUGGCCGAGUUGAAGAGGAAACAGACCACCGCUGUCGUGCUGUUGGGUGUCAUAGGCGCUGAGUUCGGUCAGGACAUCACUAGCGAGAGCGGUGGCAACAAGAGACGCAAAGAUGGCGACAGUAGGAAGGGAUCCAUCGUCGAAGGCUUCACUCUAAGCUCAUCAAACAACCUAGCGCGUCUGACGGCUCUAGCGCUCACUCACUUGCUCCUAGCGCCCGGCUCUCCUCGCCUGCCAGCGCACACACCACUGCGUCGAGCGGCUGUUGAUCUGCUGGGUCGUGGGUUCGCCGUGUGGGAGCCGUAUCUGGACGUCAGUCAUGUUUUAUUGGGUCUGCUGGAAAUGUGUUCCGACGCGGACAAGUUGGUGCCGUCCAUGACAUAUGGCCUGCCACUAACCGCACAGGCGGACUCGUGCCGCACCGCCAGGCACGCGCUCACGCUGAUAGCUACCGCCAGGCCGGCCGCGUUCAUAACGACGAUGGCGCGCGAGGUGGCGCGGUGCGCGGCGGCGGCGGCCGGCGCGGCGCCCGCCCCCGCCGCGCUCGCGCUGCAGCGCGGCCGCGCCGAGGUGCUGCGCGGCAUCGAGCUGCUCAUCGACCGCAUGCACGCAGAGGUCGCCGAGCUGCUCGUCGAGGUGAUGGACAUAAUCUUGCACUGCGUGGACCAAUCGCAUCUGAAGAGCAAGGGACUGAACGAAGUGUUCCCAGCCAUAUGUAGGUACAAUCAAGUGUCGCACUGCCCUGCCACCAGGAGGAUCGCAGUGGGCAGCCACACGGGGCAGCUGGCGAUAUACGAGCUGCGCGCGGGGCGCUGCCAGUCGCUGGCGGCGCACGCGGGGCCGGUCACCGCGUGCGCCUUCAGCCCGGACGGCCGCUACCUCGUGUCCUACGCCACCGCCGACAACCGCCUCUCCUUCUGGCAGACGAGCGCCGGCAUGUUCGGGCUGGGCGCGGCGCAGACGCGCUGCGUGAAGUGCUACAGCACGGCGCCGAUGGCGGACGUGGCGCGGCUGAACCCGGCGCGGCUCGCGCGCCUCGUGUGGAGCUCCUCGCGCUCCGUCACGCUCAUGCUGGCCGACGGCUCCGAGACGAGGUUCAAUAUAUAGAUUGGUGCAAUUCAAUAUACAACAAAAAAAAGUUAUGUCCUACAGUUGUAUGUUGCUACAUGUACUCAAAUAAUGUGUACUCUAAAAAUUUUAUGCCUGUUAGACCGGCAAACAAGUUUAAAAUAUAAAUGGAUGCAAUAAAAUAUCACAAAAUUAGUUUUCCAGAGAUUUAUGAUACUAAUUGUCUAUUCUAAAUCAAAUAUAUAGAUAUAUAUGUGCUACAGUUGUAUGUUGCUAAAUGUGCUCUAAUAAUGUGUACCCUAAGAAUAUGUACCCUAAAAAUUUUAUGACUAAUAAAUAAUAAAUUUUAUAACCGGCAAAUAAGUUGCAAACAUAAAUUGAUGCAAUAAAAUAUAACACAAUCAGUUUUCCAGAGAUGUAUGUUACUAAAUGUACCCUAAGAAUGUAUACUCUAAUGGGAGACUUCUGGGAGGAUAUAUAUAAAGAUUGAUUAAAUAAAAUAUUCCUAUAAUAAGUUUUCUAUAGAUGUAUC